AUGGCGCCCAAGAAGAAGGGAGGCAAGAAGGGCGGAAACGACGACUGGGAGGCCGAGCUUGGCGAGAGCAUCGCCCCGGCCAACGCCGCCGCUUCUCCCACCGCUGAUGCACCUGCCGACGACGACGAGGACUCAGUGGGCGGCGGCGGUCUCAUGAACCGGAUGCGCAAGCUCAAGGAGAAGCGCAAGAAGAAGGGCCUCAGCGAGGACUGGCUCGAUGGGGAGGACGCUGCUCAAGGUGGUGACGCACAGCCUUCGGACGCGGCGCCCGCACUACCGGAUCUCUCGGCCAAGCAGGCCGAGGAGGCGAAUCUCGACGACGAGUUUGCGCUGCCGGAUAAGAAGGGCAAGGGCGGCAAGGGCAAGCAGCAGCAACAAAAGCCUGCCCCCGCUGCUGCUGCUCCCGCCACCGCGAAGGAUGAGGAUCAUGACGCCGAGACCGGGAGGGUGUUGACCAAGGCCGAGAAGGAGAAGUUGAAGAAGGAGAGGGAGAAGCAGCGGAAGAAGGAGCAGGCCGCUAAGAAGAAGGCCACCGCCCCAGCCAAGGCGGAGCCCGCGAAGCCCGCCGCCGCCGCGGCCGCCGAGGAAAAGAAGGCCGAGACACCAGUCGCCGCACCUGCCGCUGCCGAUGCCGGUGGCAAGAAGAAGAAGCUUCCCGCGCACCUGCUGGCUCUCCAGAAGCAACAAGAGGAGUUGCGGCGGCGGCAAGAGGAGGAAGCGCGCUUGCGCGAGGAGGAGAGGAAAAGGAUAGAGGAAGAGGAGCGCAGGGAAGCCGAGGAGCAGAAGCGCAGGGAGGAGGAAAAGGCGCGCAAGAAGCAGAAGGAGAAGGAGCGCAUCGAGCAACUCAAGCGCGAGGGCAAAUACCUCACCAAGGCCCAGAAGGAGGAGAAGGCCCGCAACGAGCGGAAGUUGCAGCAGAUGAUUGCUGCAGGCAUCAAGGUUGGCGCUCUAGUCGAGGGUGAGGCUGAGGAGAAGGAGAAGAAAGAGAAGGAGAAGAGGAAGGCGGAUGCUAGGAAACGGGGUGGCCGGUCAAAGAUCGACGAAGAGAAGGCUCUGGCGGAGGCUGCCGAGCGGGCGAGGUUGCAGGCUGAGGCUGCCCUCAAGGAGGCAGAGGAGAAGGCUCGCCUUGAGCGGGAAAAGGCCGAGGCCGAGGCUGCUGCGAAGGCCCAGGCCGCCAAGGCCGCCGCCGCCGAGGAUAGCGUAGAUGAGGACUGGGAGGCUGCCGCCGAAUCGGAGAAGGAAGACGUUAAAGAUAGCUGGGAUGCUGAGACCGAGGACGAAGCGGAAAAGAAAGAGGAGGCGGGGAAGAGCAGUGAAGCCAACGGUAAGGCGCAGGCUUUGCCUUCGCGGCCGAAAGCCAAAGAGGAGGAAGAGGAGUCGGAGGAGGAUGAUUCCGAGGAAGAGUCGGAGGACGACGAGAAGACGACCCAAGCCAAGCUUGCCGAAGCCCAGAGGAAGAGGGAGGCUGCCGAGCGCCGCGAGAAGGCUCACCAGGCUGCUCUUGCUGCUCGGUCAAAGGACAAUUUGCGCUCGCCGAUUUGCUGUAUUCUCGGGCACGUCGAUACCGGCAAGACCAAGCUGCUCGACAAGAUCCGGCAGACCAACGUCCAGGAAGGCGAAGCCGGUGGUAUCACUCAGCAGAUUGGUGCCACAUACUUCCCAGUCGAUGCCAUACGGCAAAAGACUGCUGUGGUCAAUCGCGACGGCAAGUUUGAGUUCAAGGUACCCGGUCUCCUCAUCAUCGAUACCCCCGGUCACGAGUCCUUCUCCAACCUGCGAUCUCGCGGUUCCUCGCUCUGUAACAUCGCCAUCCUGGUCGUCGAUAUCAUGCACGGUCUUGAACCGCAGACUCUCGAGUCCAUGAAGCUGCUGCGUGAGCGCAAGACGCCCUUCAUUGUUGCGCUCAACAAGAUCGAUCGUCUGUACGGCUGGAAGAAGAUCGACAACAACGGCUUCCAGGAGUCGUUGGCGCUGCAGAACAAGGCCGUGCAGAAUGAGUUCAAGAACCGCCUCGAGCAGACCAAGCUUGCCUUUGCCGAGCAGGGUUUCAACUCGGAGCUGUUCUACGAGAACAAGUCGAUGGCGCGAUACGUCUCGCUGGUGCCCACUUCGGCCCACACAGGCGAGGGUAUUCCCGACAUGCUCAAGCUGAUCGUCCAGCUCACCCAGGAGAGGAUGGUGGGCUCGCUGAUGUACCUGUCGGAGGUCCAGGCUACCGUCCUCGAAGUCAAGGCCAUCGAAGGGUUCGGCAUGACCAUCGAUGUCAUCCUGUCCAACGGUAUUCUCCGCGAAGGCGACCGCAUCGUCCUUUGUGGUACAGAAGGUGUCAUCAAGACAAACAUCAGGGCGCUGCUCACGCCUGCUCCGCUCAAGGAACUCCGUGUCAAGUCGCAAUACGUGCACAACAAGGAGGUCAAGGCCGCGAUGGGUGUCAAGAUCAGCGCGCCCGGGCUCGAGGGAGCCAUCGCUGGCUCGCGGCUGCUCGUCGUCGGCCCUGAUGACGAUGAGUCGGAUCUUGAGGACGAGGUCGAGUCGGAUCUUGCCACUCUGUUCAGCCGAGUCGAAAAGUCGGGUCGCGGUGUCAGCGUGCAGGCGUCGACGCUCGGUUCGCUUGAAGCCCUGCUCGACUUCCUCAAGGAUUGCAAGAUCCCCGUCGCCAAUGUCGGCAUCGGCCCCGUGUACAAGCGCGACGUCAUGCAGUGCGGCAUCAUGCUGGAGAAAGCGCCCGACUACGCUGUCAUGCUUUGUUUUGAUGUCAAGGUCGACAAGGAGGCGCAGGCGUAUGCCGAAGAGCAGGGCAUCAAGAUCUUCACUGCCGACAUCAUCUACCAUCUUUUUGACGCCUUCACCAAACACAUCCAAGAGCAGAACGAGAAGAAGAAGGAGGAGUCCAAGAUGCUGGCCGUCUUCCCAUGUGUGCUCAGCCCCGUGGCCGUGUUCAACAAGACCAGCCCCAUCGUGGUCGGUGUAGAUGUCGUGGAGGGCUCGCUCCGGCUCAACACGCCCAUCGCGGCCAUUAAGACCGACCCCACGACGGGCGCCAAGCAGAUUGUCGCACUCGGUAGAGUAACGUCUAUCGAGCGAGACCACAAGCAGAUUCAGGUGUGUAAGAAGGGCCAGCCGUCGGUGGCUGUGAAGAUCGAGAUGGGUGGGCACCAGCCCACGUACGGGCGCCAUCUCGAGGAAAAGGACAUGCUCUUCUCGCAGAUCUCGCGCGCCAGCAUCGACACGCUCAAGCAGUUCUACCGGAGCGAUGUCACGAACGACGAAUGGCAGCUCAUUAUCAAGCUGAAGCCUAUGUUUGACAUUGCGUAG